AUGUCGUUCUCUUGUAAAGGAGAAGAGGCUUUUGAAGUCGCAAAUUUAUUGAAAGAUCACCUCUUGCCAAGGCGACAUGAUGAAGCAGAAAAUGGCAUUGAUCUGUCUCUGGACUUCAGUCAUACAAGUUUAUAUGAACUGUCGGACAAUGAUGCCGAAAAGAUAUUCAACGAGUGCUGUGCUCGAAGACAUGAAUGGGCUAUGGGAAAAACAGCCUUUUUCUUUAAAAAAAUACUUGUUCCCCAAAUGAUAAGCCACUCACUGGAGAAUUUCACAAAUUUUGUGAAUGUUAGAAACACUAAUUGGUUAACCAAAGGAGACAUCCUACUACUGAGAACCAUCCAAUACAAGAAGGAAGAGUUUUCUGCCAUGUAUGAGUCUCUCAUAGAUCUAGUGCCUAGUAAAACAGAAUACGAUUGGACUAUUGUGGAUACGGCUGGUGAUGAAGUUGAUGAUGAGACAGAUGAUUUUGAAGCUCUUGAUGUAACGGAAACCGUUUUCUAUCCAGUUGCGGAAGGUCAGAGAACCGUUCCACUGCAUUCCUCAUUCUUCAAUAUUCCAGAUAGUUUCUCCACUGAUCCCAUUAUGCCUGAGAACUUUUUGGCCCGAUCUCCACCAAGAGGAAGCCGAGAAAGUACACCUAUUCUAAAAAAAACUCAGCGCAAAGCGUUACGCCCUUGUUCUGAAACAUCGAGUCCUUCAAAUGAAAUCCCCAUAUUAACCAGACAGGAAGGUGAAGCAGAAUCUGAGAUAUCGAAUGAUUUCGAUGUUUUCAAUAAGUUGCGUGAUCGUGGAGCUAUUCGCCAGACUUUCACUGUUGAUGAUUGUUGCUCAAUAAGAGCUGAUAGUGUAUCACCAGAACGCAAAAGCGGAGUAAUGUUCAAGAAAGCUGAUGAUCACGUAAGCACUGUGACAAAAAUAUCUCCUGUUCGUUUACGUAGGUCGGACCGUAAAAGAGCAAGUGUUCGAAUUUUUGAAACCCCUCCACGUCAUGUUAGUCGUAUUUCCUCACCAAGAAGUGCGAAGCGCGAAUCCAGAGUACUCAAACCGAGAGAUACAUUCUCUGGUUUGCACAGUGCCAUUGAUGAUAAUGAAUAUGUUAUUACUCCAAAUGGCAUUGCUUUAUCGGAUAUGUUACUCAAGGCUCAAAUCGAAAAGGAGAUAGCAAUGGCCACCUACUAUAAAGUCCUCACUGAGAAGGAAAUGCAUGAAUUUAGUAAAAUGACAAAAUAA